AUGUCGUCGAAUCACCCUUUACUAGACCUCUGGGAAUCAUUUCUCCCGACCCUCCGAUCCAUAGUAGCGCCUCUCCUCCACGAGCCAGACCGCAAAAUCCUCAUUGACGAUGAAUACGUCCUCCUCAACGACGAAACCUUUCGUGAACUAAAACUAUCCCAUGAAAUCCUCCAUCCACACGCUCUAACAUUCACAAUAAUCUUAUCAACCCCACUCCGAACCCUCACCGCCACAUUCCUCAAAAAUACCUUAACAGCUAGUACAAUCCUACUACGAGAGGCAGAACGGAAUGUUAACACCCUACAGUACGCCCCCGAAGGCAAAAGAUGGAGAAGUACCUAUUCAUAUACCGCCGUACUUAUCUCAAUCGCCAUCCUGGCUUUCCUAAUCCACGACGAAACCAGUAAUACACAAAACUCAGGUAUUCAACAAGACGAAGAUCUUGUAGAGAAGAAGAAGGUGGAAGGUUGGAAUUGGCAGGAUGUAAUUUAUCAUCUUGACUUUGCGUUGAUAAAAACGUCUGGGUGGCCUGUUACAAGUCAUAUCCAUGAGUUUUUAGACUUGGUCGAUACGAAACUAUUACGCUUAAUCGACAAGAGUCAUAAUCUACCCAUAAACCGGGACAAAAAGGAAAACAACUGGUGUUCCUGGAUCGAACCAUCAGAACCCAUCUUAAAAUCAAUAGGAAGAGAAUUUGAUUCUCCGACUAUAGACCAAUGGAGGGAACUAUACACCCAACAAAAACCCAUCAAAUUAACCAGCAUCAUAGAUCACUGGCCCGUCUUCGAUAUCCCUUCGUCCAACGGAAGAUAUAAAAGUAAAUGGUCCUCCUUCCAAUAUCUUCUUUCCAAAACCAUCAACGGGAGGAGAAUUGUACCGGUGGAAAUCGGAAGGACGUACGCAGAUCCUGACUUAAAACAGCGAAUCCUAACGUUUAAAUACUUUUUCUCGAAUUACUUUGUCAGAGGAGCUCCUGGUCGGGAUGGUACUGACACGGAAAGUGGGAAAGGAGAAGAGGAGGAAGAGGGUGUAUUUGGAUAUCUAGCACAACAUAAUCUACUCACCCAAAUACCAUCUCUCCGAGAUGAUAUCUGUAUCCCGGAAUAUAUUAAUUACACAUCAGAGGACGACAAUGAAGAUGAUGAAGAAGAUGUCGCAACAACGAUAAACGCAUGGUUUGGCCCAGCGAAUACGAUUACACCAUUACAUACUGAUAACUACCAUAACAUAUUCUGUCAGGUAGUUGGAAGGAAAUACGUUCGACUAUAUCCACCAGAAGCUAGAGAAGCAGUGUUUCCAAUGGGGAAGGAUGAAAGAGGGGUUGAUAUGGAGAAUACGAGUUCUAUACCUGUUACUUGGGUGGAAGGAGAAGAGUCUGAGCUUGUGUAUGCUGGAGAAGAUGGGGGUUAUGAAAAGUGGGAGAAGUUUAAGAAUGAAAAAUAUGUGGAGUUUGUGGUUGGACCGGGUGAGGCGGUGUUUUUCCCGAAAGGAUGGUGGCAUUAUGUUAGGUCGGUAGAGGCGAGCUUUUCGGUAAACUUCUGGUGGGGUGGGGGUUCAUGA